AUAAAAGUAAAAAUCAUUUAUACAAUCAAAUAUAUAUAAAAUAUUCUUUAUCAGUUUUCUUCCUUAUCAAAAAUUAUGGAAUACGAAUUCGUAAUCAAUAAAAUUAAUAAUUUAAACGUGCGGGAUCUCAACAAUGAGCAGCAAUUAGGCAUUAUUCAAAAUUCAGGGGAAACAUGCCUGAUGGAAUUAACCAAAAGGGAACUAGGCACACGCGAUUUAAAUUUAUAUUCAGAUAGUAAUGAAGAAUCAAGUUCGCUCCCGAUGAAUCCAUUAAAUAUCAUCCUUACCCAAAUUUCAAAAGAAAACUUUACUAAUGAUAAUCUAAUAAAAAUGAAUAAUCCUAAUAAUAAUAAAAUUGAGACCAAAAUGCCUGACACCCAAACUCAAAGUGAUAUCUUGGAAAUAUUAGCAUUCCUUUCUCAGGAGGAAAAGGGAGUGCUGUUGAAACAUCUGUUAAAGGAUGAUUCCGAUUUUCUAGAAUCAUCAUUACGCCCUUUAUCUAGUUAUCAUAGUUACAUUGAACAUCUUGACGAAGUUGAAGAUUUCAAUUUUCACGACCACAACAAUUACUACUUACUAAUUAAAGAAGUGAAUAUAAUUAAAAGUUAUCCAGAAGAAAAGAUAGGUCUCACCUUCAUCUCGAAGAAAAAGAAUAGUAGAGAAACUCUUAUCUUUAUAAGCCAGAUCGAACAAAACGCACUAGCUUAUCUAGACAAUCAACUCCAAGAGGGUGACCAAUUAAUAAAGAUAAACGGAAUACCUAUUAAUUCUUUGCAAAUCGUCGCUGAAUUAUUAAAAAAAGAUGCUUUAGCUUUCAAAUUUGAAAUCGCUCGGCCUAAAUUAAAGAAGGCUUUAAAUCACAGACGUUUCCAAAAUUUUGAUUUAGGCGAUCUGCGUGAUAAAAGUAUGAACGCCACACUAGACUCGCAAAAAGAAAAAGACAGCGGUUUAGAUUUUAAAAUAUGUUCGGAUGACAGUUUAUCAUCUGCGCACGCAGGUGUGAAUUCUGACUAUUACGAUCUCCCACUAGAGCAAACUUUCAAUGGAUUACGCCUCAAAACAUAUAUCGAUGACAAUGACACGAAACAUAAGGCAAAUAAUUUACCAGACCCUAAAUAUAUUUUGACAUCAAAUUAUGACUUAACGAGUAUGGGUGAAAUGGAAAACAUAUAUGAAGAUCCCAAUGAUAUGAACUCAACUCCGUUUAUUAACAACAUCAACAAAAAAAUCAACAAAAUAUCUUUUAUCGAUGAUCCUAAUUACGAAUCAAUAAUAGACGCAAAUAACUUAGCUAACAUUAUUAAAACAGAUCAAGAUUUUAUAGACAGAAAUAUAUCCAUGCCAUUCAACGAGUUUUCAGUCACUCACGAUAUUCAAAAUUUAAUAGAAAAACUUAUAGGUAAUAACCAAAUUCAGCAGAUAAAACCGGAUAACGAUGAUCAAUACCCGGAUGUAAUGUAUACGAACUCACAAAACUUAAUGCACACUAUAACUCUGCAACAAAGGCUCGUUCAAGAAGUAUUGAAAAAAAAUUAUCAUCUUCAUCCACGUAAAAAUCCACAGGAUCAUAAAACGGGAAAUUCCCAAAAUCACCCAGAAAUCAGCAAUAAAGAAUGUAGGAUGAAAUUUAAAAUUAAGCGCAGAAGUAACGGCACUAGGUAUAUGGUAAGAGAAGAGGAUACUUCGGAAAAAGAAAGAAAGAAUAACAAGGUACCCCAUAAGUCGCCACAUAAAAAUAAUAUCAAGAUUGGGGAAGGAUCCUCAAAUAAAAAAACAAAAAAUAAUUCAACAAAACAUUCGAAUAUGGCAAAAAUUUCCAAAUCUGUUUUCAAAAAUAAUUCCCAAAAUCAAAUAUUGAGCGUGAUCACCGUUUAGUUUAAAAAAUAUUUUGAACAAAAUAUUAAUAAAA